AUGGGCGGUGGAGGAAAAAUCCCGUAUCCCAAGCACGUGUGGUCGCCGUCCGGCGGUUGGUACGCACAGCCGGCAAACUGGAGGGCCAACACGCUCAUCGCGGGCGUCGUCAUGGCCGGAGUCCUGGCCGUCACCUGGAAGUUCAGCGCCGAGCGGGAAACGUGGUCUCGCAAGCCAGAGCCCGGGGACUGGUUCCCUAGCCGAAACUGGUCCAGGCAGUUGAUUGAGUGGGACAAGGAGGAUCGGCUGAAGGCGGAGUCGACGAAAGGCGCAAAAGAGUGA